GAAAACUUCUGCGCAAGCGCAGUACUGAGUAUUGUAGUGUCGUGUGUGUUGUUCUGCAAGGGAUAUCCAAAAAAACAUGGCUGUUGGUAAGAAUAAGGGUCUGGCUAAAGGAGGUAAAAAGGGUGUUAAAAAGAAGGUUGUGGACCCAUUCACUCGAAAGGACUGGUAUGAUGUCAAAGCCCCAGCCAUGUUCAGUGUUCGAAAUGUAGGAAAAACUCUUGUAAAUCGAACUCAAGGAACAAAAAUUGCAUCUGAAGGUUUAAAAGGAAGAGUAUUUGAAAUUUCUCUUGCCGACCUUCAAAAUGAUGAGAUUGCUUUUCGUAAAUUCAGACUCAUUGCCGAGGAAGUGCAAGGUAGAAAUGUGCUGACAAAUUUUCAUGGCAUGGAUUUAACAACUGAUAAAUUGAGGUCCAUGGUUAAGAAGUGGCAAACAUUAAUUGAAGCAAAUGUCGAUGUGAAGACCACGGACGGCUACCUGUUACGAAUGUUCUGUAUCGGAUUCACAAAAAAAUGGGCCACACAAGUUAAAAAGACCUGCUAUGCCCAGCAUGCACAGGUGAAAUUAAUUCGUAAAAAGAUGACCGAAACAAUGGUGAGAGAAGUCUCUUCAUCUGAUCUUAAAGAGGUUGUUAAUAAAUUAAUUCCUGAUAGCAUCGGUAGGGAUAUUGAAAAAGCUUGUCAAGGCAUUUAUCCUUUACAUGAUGUCAUGAUUAGGAAAGUAAAAGUUUUGAAGAAACCAAAAUUUGAUGUCGGUAAACUUAUGGAGCUGCAUGGUGAAGGAAGUGGAAAAUCAACAACAACCACUGCAAAAGUCGGAGAUGAAGGCUUAAAAAUUGACAGACCGGAAGGCUAUGAACCUCCUGUCCUAGAAUCUGUGUAGCUUUAUUGAAAAAAAUAAUAAAAAAAACUGGUAAAACCUUU